UCGUCAGUCUCGAAGAGGAAUCGAAGUCACGACGUACGAUUCCAAUCGGAUUUUUCACAAUUACUAUGACGGAAUCCAAGCAAAAAUCUCAGGUUUCGCUCGAACUUGGCGGCGCUUUGGUAGAACAUCCAGAUGGGUCGAAGCGAGGUAGUUGGUCCAACCAGAUCGAAUUUCUUCUCUCCUGUAUCGGGUACGCCGUUGGCAUCGGCAAUGUUUGGCGUUUUCCUCACCUCCUAUAUAGCAAUGGCGGCGGCGCCUUUUUGAUACCUUUCAUUCUCAUGCUGUUUACAAUGGGUCUGCCUAUAUUCUUUUUGGAACUUUGUAUUGGUCAAUAUACUGGAUUGGGACCCAUAAAAUCUUUUAGCCGCAUGACACCAGCAUUUCAUGGUGUAGGUUAUUGCACGUUGGUCGUCAUUUUGCUUGUGUUGGUAUACUAUAUGGUAAUCAUCGCAUGGACUUUAUUCUACACCUUCGCUUCUUUCUCUCAAAAACUCGCCUGGGCGUACUGCGAUAACGAUUUUAACACUAACGAUUGUUAUAGCGGUCUCGAGGAUAUAACAUGCCAGAAGAACACUAAUUCAAACUCUAUAUUUUACAACAAAAGUUGCAUGGCCAUCGACGCGGUCUGUUCGCAUUUUGGUUACUUCGGCGGCAAUACCACUCACUGUUUCGAAAACAGUAGCGAGGCAAAGGCUUUCGGUGAUAUCUACAAUCGGACACUGUCAUCCGAAGAAUACUUCAGAGACUACGUUCUUGGUAUACGUGGUGCCACAUGGGAAAACUUUGGUGGCAUACGAUGGGAAUUGUUCGGAUACCUCACUUUAGCUUGGCUAGUGUGCUUCCUGUGUCUAGUACGUGGCAUCCAGACCAUCGGCAAGGUUGUUUACUUUACCGCCCUUUUUCCCUACGUUAUUCUUACAGCUCUGUUAAUACGAGGUGUUACGUUAGACGGCGCCGAUGAAGGUGUUUUGUGGUACAUCAUGCCCAACUUUUCAACGUUGAAAGACGCCAAGAUUUGGGCGGACGCUGCCUCUCAAAUCUUUUAUUCACUCGGUAUCGGCUGCGGAUCUCUAGUCACCCUCGCGAGUUACAGCAACUUCAGCAACAAUUGUCACAGGGACGCUAUUUUUGUCACUUUUACGAAUCUAUUCACAUCCGUUUACGCUGGCUUCGCAAUAUUCUCGAUACUCGGAUUCCUGGCCCGACAAAUGCAAAUGCCAAUCGACAAGGUGGUUCAGGGCGCAGAGGGAUUGGCUUUUAUCGCUUAUCCAGAGGCAGUGGUGCAAAUGCCGUUGCCGAAUCUCUGGGCCAUUCUAUUCUUCUUCAUGCUCUUCAUACUCGGCCUCGGUAGUCAGUUUGCAGGCGUACAAGCAAUAAAUACUGCCAUACUAGACAGACGUCCAGAUUUGCGAAAAUAUGAAAGCCUUGUGAUAUUGGGAGUAUGCGUUACCUGCUGGCUUCUAGCGAUUCCGAUGGUGUUCGACGGCGGUAUCUACUUGUUCAAACUGAUGGACUGGCAUACCGCCUCAUGGGCGAUCCUAUUGAUCGGCUUCGCCGAAAUCGUUGCACCUUGCUGGUUCUAUGGAUGCAACAAAUUCCUAAGUAACAUUGCUGAAAUGAAAAUAACAUUUGGUUAUUUUCUUCAUGGCUAUUGGUGGUUAUGCUGGGUAAUCCUCGCACCUCUCACUUGCCUGGGGGUUUUUGGAUAUCAACUACAACAAACCGACUUCCGAGGAAGUUACGGCACGUAUAUAUUUCCCGACUGGGCAGGCGUAAUUGGAAUUGGAAUCGGAUUGGCAACGUUGGUGCCACUGCCAGUCUUCUUCUUUGUACAAGCCUGUAAGGCCGAGAGCUUGAGAGCUUUAUUUCAACCCUCGCCGUUAUGGAAAGCGGCCGAACAAAGCAAUAUACUAGAUAAUGACAGCGUCAGCACUGCGGUGAUCAAUCCGACGUACAUUUCCUCAGAUAAAGAUUAGAACUCUUGUACAAACACACAAUAGAUAAAUUCGAAUAGAUAACUCAGAUAAAUUUCUAAAAAUAAUUUCCUAAUGUAAGCCGAAAUACAUAAUUUCAA